AUGUUAGAACAGCUACUUCAAGAAUUGGCCGAUAUCCCUUAUUCACUGAUUAUAGAUGAAAGCACUGACAUUGGCAAUGAAAAACAACUGUGCAUUAUGGUUAAGUAUUACAGCGCAGCCAAACAACAGAUUCUCACAAGCUUCCUUGGACUUUUGUCUAUUGAAUCAGGAACGGCAGAGGCCAUUUUUCAAGCAAUAAUUGAAUUUUUGAGAGCAAAGGAACUUGAUAUCAAGCAGUGUAUAGGCUUGGCCACUGUUGGGUGCAACACAAUGUGUGGAAAGAACAAUUCUGUAAUCACAAAAUUUCGUGAACUAUGCCCUAACAUAAUACAUAUAAGACGCAUUUGUCAUUCUAUCCAACUUUGUUCCUCACAUGCUCUUAAAGUAAUGCCACGGAAUGUGGAGUUCAUGGUGUCAGAAACGUACAACUGGUUUUCUCAUAGCACUUCUAGGCAACGAAAGUAUCGCCAGAUCUAUUCAGCUAUCAACGCGGGGGAAGCACCUUUGAAGAUUUUAAAGCUCUCCGACACACGUUGGCUAUCUAUUUCUGCAUGUGUUGACCGAAUACUUUAA